AUGUCCGUGGAAGAAGGAACGAGAGAAGACGCAAAUAAAGCGGCUAGAAGGAGGCUCGAAGGCAGCGACCGACAUACGAGAAGAUUAUAUCAAACAAAGUCACCACGACGGGCGACAAGGACAGCGGCGGUCGUCUGUCGAUGGCUGCCGUUGAACGUGGCCGGAUGUGAUAUCCAGCAGUCGAGACGCACGGAAUGCGAGGCCAGCGCGGCUGGAGGACGUCGACUGUGGGGUCUGUGCAACACAGUUGGAGGCGACGUUGACUAG